AUGAGUCAGGACUCCCAGCUUCUGACACCUGGACCAUCAGUCAGCAGGAAACUAAGCUGGACAAAACGAUUGUUCCGGAGGUCAGAAUCAAAGUCUAAGCCAAAUGAGUUGAUACUGGUCCCCUUGUUUUGUGAUGAUGCCAAGGAUGGCCAUGUGUAUGACAACUACUUCUUCACCUCCUCCUCUCUGCCACACGGUGACAGCACACCUGGGGCGCCAGUCCUGUCCAGUGACAUCAGCCCUAUGGUGGAUCCGCUGCCGGGUGAAAUAAGUGAGACAAUCUUUUCCAUGGCACAUGCCAUGCAUGGACAACAUCUGCCAUUCGACAGCAAAGAGCAUGAAGAGUGUGUGACAGCCGCUGCCAAGCUGUACACUGAGCACCUGGAAGAGCCAAAUUCACCGAGUCAGGAUCCAUCAAUUUCUGAUCCAUCCUCCACUUUGGAGCCUUCCCAGACUCAGACUGAAGCAACAAAAGUGUCAUCUUAUCAAGUCCUUGUACACCAUGCUUCACAAGACAAUUGGACAGCCUACCGACAAGUACAGGAGAAUAAGCCUGAUCUAGAUUCAAAUUGUGUGAACUUUGCUAUUAAGGUGAUCCAACCAUUUCCUAAAUGCAAUGCAAUUACCAUCUCUGCCUAUCUUCCUGGUUCUUCACCUACAGAAACUGGAAUCUUACCUACACACACUGCAGAGGCAAUUUUCAAGUUGUGGAAGUGGGAGCAAGAGAGUGUAACACACGAAGGAUUUAAAAAAAUGGCCCUUGAAGACAUCUACGAAGUGUACGCAAAAGCAGUCUCAAGGAUGAGAUUAGCCAUCUCUUGUAUCAUUCCAAAAAGCAAAUCGUGUCCAGUUAUGCCAACCGAGGAAAUCAUUUGGAAUGGCCUCAGGGCCACAGUGUCCAUUGCUCUGGACGACGAAGCAAAAACAAUAAGUGCAAUUGUGGAGUAUUUUGGUGGACUGUCAUCAGAAAUUCUUCCGACCAGCGUCAUUCCCAGAGCCUUAUGA